AAAGAGAAAGGCAAUUAGGGCCGGAGACCAAUGGUCACCCGGGAAAACUAUACACAAAAAAUGGCAGAGGGGCCUUCUAGCCCACGCGAAGCAUCACAGGAACAGAAGCCAUGGCAUGCUUACACCGCAGAGGAUCUGAAGCAGACCGUUUUUGGAACCACGGACUCCGCCCUCCGUUCUGCUCGUUCUCUGCAAGAGAAUUCAUCGACCCAUUUCCGUUCAUUGCAGACUUUCACAGCGCAGUUGAAAUCCCAGUAUAAAACUUAUGAAGAUGCUGUCUUCAAGAAAGUCAAAGAUGAGUUGAUGAGUGCACAAGAGCACCCAGCUGUGGCAGGUGGAAUAGCUGUUACAGCAGGUCUUCUUCUUAUGCGGGGUCCAAGAAGGUUUCUGUUUCGUCAUACAUUGGGCCGACUUCAGAGUGAGGAGGCACAAUUUCUUAGGGCUGAGAAGAAUGUCAAAGAGCUGACUCUUUCUGUGGAUUUAAUGAAGAAUGAAAGUAAAAAGCUCCUUGAAAGGGCAACUCUCGCUGAAAAGGAUAUGAAACGUGGUUAUGAUCAACUAAUGAAUGCUGGGGCUGACAUUCAAAGACUUGCUAAAUCAGUAUACAAGAUUGAAGCUCAAGCAGCUGAUUUGAUGGAUGGGCUACGGGAAAUUCCUGGCAGGGAGGCUUUGAAGCUUCGAGCAGAGGUUGCUUCCAUGGCAUCUCUGGUGAAACAACAGAGAAGUUCUCUGGACAAGAGGAUAAUGAAAAUGUCAGAGUUGGGAGUUGCGGUCUGAUGAUAAGAGAUCCUGUGGCUGUUGAGUGGGGAAGGCUUUGCAGGUCUGUCCAUUCUGCGUUGGGACAAAUGAAUGUGUUAUAAAAAGGAAAUACAUACGAUUACUGGUUCUGGCAGCUUCAAAUUCUGCAGAUUUUUUUAUUUUAUUGCGGGGGAAGUUCUAUUAAACUUGUUCUUACUUCUCUUUCCUUCCAGUAAUGUUAAACUGGUUUUGUGAGAGACUGGGGAUACGUGUGGAUGUCCUUCAUUCUAUACUUCCUAAAAUCUCUUUUGUCAUAGGAAAUAAUAUGCUUCAAACCUUCAAUUUCAA